GAUAUUUUCUGGAACUACACAUGGUAAGAGGUAAUGCAAUCAAAAGGAAAAAUAAAAAAGUGAAAACUCUGGUCCCUUUAAAUCACCCAAAGAUUGCUUGUAUACUUUGGGAAAGACUAGCCUUCCCCCACCCUUGUUCAAUCUAGCUUAGACCUCAUUCAGGGAAUUGCUGACAAUUUCUUCCUGUUCAGGCGCGUAGUCCGUCCCCCGUGCUUUUCUCAAGUUCGCGCGUGCUGUUCGUAAAAAACGUUUUAAACUAUCAUGGAAUCUAACUUAUGGAGCAUAUGUGCCCUUAUUAUUACCUGGAAAAGACUGGUAGUGUGGAAAAACAAGCUUGCCGUAUAGGGUGGUUUUUACUUCCGUCCUACAGGUGCUCAUUUAGCUAAUAAACUUGUACUUCAAUACUGGACGGCGAUCAUGUUUAUACGGAACGAAGUUCAGAUAAUUGUGUUUUAGAAUGCGAGAUAAGCGAACGGUGUAAUUCGUUUUAUUUUCCGGCUAGUUGACGAAGACUUGUCAGAAACUGAAAGAAUAACCAUUAAAAUAAACUGUCCGAUUCGUAUGACUUCCGAAAGCAAAAACCAUAAUGUUUGUACUACUUGACAUCUUGGCGAAUAACAUUUGAAUACAAGGGCAUCUGUAUUUAUUCAACGAAAUUGGAAUAGCUCUGAGUCCAAGAUUGCCCCUCUUCAAAUCCACAAAGCACUAAUUUAAAGCAUACGUCGUAGAAUUGUUGUUUUGUUUUUGGUAGUCACACUUCGCCCGGAAGAAAAAAUAACAAAGGGAGAAGUUUAAUUUUUAUAUUCAUUGUCUUUUUGGAACUCAAGGAAAAGCAUGGUGCAAUGAUAAAGCCGAAUAUGAAGACAUUAUGGUAAAGUUUGCUAAGAGGAAGGAAAUGGAUCAUUACUCAUUUACUAGAUAGAAACGGAAUUGUUCACCGUGGGACCAUUUCUUACAAGUAACAUCAAUUUGCUUGCCUUUGGGACAGAGGACUAAAUCAUUCCUGUGGAUUUUAACGAGCCCCUAAGGACCUCCAGCAUAUUGAUACCACUGUUGCAAAGGUGAGAGUUUUCUUAUUAUAGGGUACCUACUUAAAUGAAAAUAGAAAAAAAAAUACCAUAAGCUUCAUUGUGAAAAAAUAAAAUGUGUCACUUAUUUCGAUAAUUUGCAACUGUUUCGAAAUUUUGGAAAAGGCGGGCAGGCGUAGGCCAAUAUCCAAUCUAAUAUUUUUGUUCACUGUAGCUUUCGGCACUGUCCUAUUGCGAGGCCUCAAUAAAGUGGAAUUACCUCAGGCUAAUGGAACUGACUAUUUAUUAAACAUUUUUUAAAAGGCAAUCGUGCUGAGCGGAGGGAAUAGCAAGCUAUGCAGUUCCUUAUGUGAUAAUUUUUCAAGUUCUCACCUUUGUUGGACACUAUGGGAAACAUUGUACAUAUAUAAAUAGCAAUGAAAAUGAAAGUUUUGGGCCAACAGCAAAAUUCAAAAUCAGUCUCCUUCAAACAAUAAAAACUAGAUAGAGCAAUGCGCUAUUAUGCCGUAUUUGCGGUGUUUCAAGGUUGGUUAGUAAAAUUACUCACUGAUUUAAUUAAAUGUAGUUCUGUUAGUUCCGCAGAGAUAAUUUGUUUCUAUGAAAAAAGGUGUGAAGCCGACGAACAAGUAAUAUGCUCGCUAAUGCAAGUGUAUUGUGAGUACAUUCAUGAGGAAAAACAUUGUGUUCAUUUUUCCCUUUGUUUUGUGACAGAAAAUGCAGUAGAUGGUAUCUCAAUAACAAGUCAAAGUGCAGGCCUCGGUGCGACCGGUGCGCUUGGAGCUUUGACUAUGAAGUCUUGCACCUUGUCCUGCGCUGUGGUUUUCGCGGUUUUUAUAGUGGCAAAUAGCGGAGAGUUUGUAUCUGAAAUCGAAGAUAACCGAGGUCCCAUUGUACUCGAAGGUGACGUCAUCCUGGGCGGUCUCUUUAACGUCCAUAGCCGAUCCACGACGACCGAAAACGGCUGUGGGUCCAUAGACCUCAACCCUGGGUUCCAGUAUUACGCAGCUGCUGUCUUCGCCAUCGACGAAAUCAACAAGAACCCAAACAUCCUUCCAGGCGUCAAGCUCGGCGCGCGCAUUUACGACACGUGUCGAAGCCAAACGAUCGGCGGCGACGACGCUAUGGAGAUCAUCAAAUACACAUUACUGGACAGAACGAAUAGCACCCCUCCCCUGGCGGGCGUGAUAGGGCCGUUUCGUAGCGAUGUAGCGGUUGCCGUCGCGAAUCUCCUCGGGGUAUUCAAUAUUCCCCAGGUCAGCUUUGGCGCCACUACCACCAAGCUGAGCAACAAGCAGAUCUACAAGUACUUUUUCCGGACGGUCCCGCCAAAUUCAUUCCAAGGCCGAGCGCUUGUAGACGUGGUGCGGUAUUUCAAAUGGUCGUAUGUGAUGACAGUGCAUUCCCAUGGGGAUUACGGAGAGCCCGGCAUGGACGAAGUCAAGAGCGCCGCGGCAAAACAUGGAGUGUGUAUAGCCGGAGACUAUAAACUCCCGCCAUUUCCAAAGGAGGAGGAUUUUGAAGCAACAAUCAAAAGUCUACUUGACCUAAGCAAGAAGCACUCUGACACCGUUCAUGUCGUCGUCAUGUUUUGCAUACAGCGCGACAACACAGGUCUCGUCAGGGCCGCCAAAAAGCUCCUCAACGAGAACAACCGCUUCAUCUUCGUCGCUAGUAAUUCAUGGGGCGAGAGACAUCCCGUGACAAACAACAACGAGGAGGGAGGGGAGGGUGCGUUGACAUUAAACUUCAUCGAUGGCAAUGUCAAACGCUUUAAAGACCAUCUCCUAAGCCUCACACCACUCGACGAUAACUCAACAUGGUUCCAUGAAUUCUGGCAAAUUUCCAUGAACUGUAAACUCAGCUUUGCAAAAUGGCAAUUCAACACGACAAAAGAGUGCAGAUUAAAUGAAAUGCUACCUCGGGAUUUCGGAAUCGCUCCCGUCCGCGUUUCAAUAAACGCGGUCUACGCCGCGGCGCAUGCUCUUCACAACAUGUACACAAAUCUGUGUCCCAAACAAUCAGGUAUGUGUGACGAGUUUCGCAACCUCAAGCGCGAAAACUACCUCAAGUUUCUGAGAAAUGUCACGUUCCCAGACGCAGCAUCGAACGUGACCGUCAGAUUCAACCGAAAUGGAGAAGUCGAUGGUAACUACAGCGUCGUGAAUUUCCGUAAAGUCGAUGGCAAGUACACGUACUUGAAGGUGGGAUCAUGGGGUGGCGUCCUCAAGCCGGACGAUUCCAUCGAGGGUGAUGCUACUAUUAAUGAGAGUCGCAUAUCGUGGAAGCCACGGUGGAAUAUCGCACCAGACUCAUACUGUAGCAGCCCUUGCAGCAUUCGCCAGAUCACUGCUCCCGCCAUCGCGAACCCGACAUGUUGCUGGCAGUGUGUGGACUGCAAGCACAAACAGUACAUUUCUAACGACACGUGCCUUUUUUGUCCGGACGGACACACACCGGACGCUAAUCUGACCAGCUGCUAUAAACUCCCCGUGGUUUAUGCGACCCCGUUUAAUGGCAACACUGCACAGAUAGUAACAUUCGUGGUGGUGCUCCUAGGCUCUAUUUCGACUAUCUGCACCGGGGUUUUCUUCUUGAAGAACAAAGACAACCGCGUGAUAAAGGCAUCUGGGCGUGAGCUUAGCGCGAUUCUGUUCAUAGCCACCCUCUGCUGCUAUCUCUCCGCCAUUUCCUACAUGACACGUCCAACCGAUUUCCUUUGCGGAAUGAGGCGGUUCUCCGGGAGUGUUUCCUUGACAGCCUGCUACGCACCCGUUCUACUCCGGACAAACCGGAUUCACCGCAUCUUCACCGCCGCCCAGAAAUCCGUGACGCGUCCAUCUUUCACGAGCCCAAUGUCGCAGGUCAUGUUCUGCCUGGGUAUCAUCGCGGUGCAGGUACUCAUUACGUGCGUGUGGUUCCUGUCGGACCCACCACGAGCCGUAAUGAGUUAUUACGAUGAGCGCACCUUGCUAGAGUGUGGCAUGAGCGACACAAGCGUAGCCAUGAACCUCUGCUACAACAUCUUCCUCAUGCUCGUAGCUACGGUCUACGCCUUCAAGACCAGGAAUUUCCCGCGAAAUUUUAACGAGGCAAAGUACAUCGGGAUCACCAUGUACAUCUCUUGCGCCGUCUGGAUUAUUUUCCUUCCCUGUUACUUGAAUGCUGCCAACAGCAUCUGGAAGAGUACCAUGAAGGCUGUGGCUCUUGUUGCUAUAGCGACUGUGACGUUGCUAGGGUUACUGGUACCGAGGAUGUAUCUAGUGAUACAUGGAGCUACCGUCGGCCCAGAGACACUAACUAUGACUAUGUCCCAGAAUAGCAAGGGUCAUGAGUUGCAUUCUAAUCUGUCCGGCUCAGGCAGGGCCGGGCGGUACCAGACACAAGCAGAAGAGGGUACGGUGAAGGAGGAGGUUUCUCCUCGUCCUAGGGCGAAUUCUAUACACCACCAAGUAGUAGACCCAUCAGUAUCUUUGUAAGGGAGACUUGGCCAAAAUUGGCAUUCUUUAUACUGGCUCUGUUUUAAGAGCCUUGAAUAGAAAGUGAAGUAAGGCCCGAUUUCCAACUUGUUUCUACGAGCCCUUAAUCUGGUAAGUGGGGCCGAUAAGGCCUAGCGACAGCUGGAAAAGAGGAGUUACAUAAGUUUAUAAAAAAUAUGAAUAUUUUUUUGUUGAUUGGAACCCGAGAGCGAUAGGUAACUUACUUGUAGCUUGUAGAACAGCAGCAUUGCGGUUAUGCUUCAGUGCCUCAAAUAUUUCUCAAUAUACAUCUAUUUUCUAUUUUUUUAAACAAACUUCAUGCAUGUUAAACCACAGGUAUCCCAGGCUCAGUGCGUGAUCAUCAAAAUAUGGGGAAAACUCAACAGCGUAACUCUCAAAUCACUCACCCAAAUAGCUUCGAAUUUCAUCCAGACAACAUUGAAGACACAACAAUCAAGGAAGAAUGUUAUUGAGAUUUUUAAGAUUUUAUUUCAUAUUAGUAUGAACGGCUCACAUUUGAACUCUAUAUGUUCAUUAUAAACUAAGUCACAACGUAGUGUGAUAACACAUUGCGAGCUUAGGAUACCUGUGGUACAACAAAGAAAAAUGAUAUUCUUUCUCUGGAUCAGAGGAGACGAAGGGGGCGUGUCUAGAGAAAAACGCCGGGUGGGGUAAAGAGUAAUAAUUCACUGACCAUGGAUCAAUUUGGUUCAAUCAGCAUUCUAAGGUCAGGUAAAAGGUCACUAGAUCCAUAACUAGAAACUUUUUCUAUACAAAUUCAGAGAUAAAAUUGACCAUCAACUUAACUACCAACAAAGGGGUCAACUGGAGUCGAACCCAUUUUGUCAAAUGAGCAGGGUGGGGUCCGGACUCAGACACGCCCCUGAGACGACUAGGCCGAAAACAAGCUGCAAACCUUGGCUGUUUUAGAUUACACGUUGACUGUCUUUGGGUUAGAAUGUUAUGUAAAUUGUCUUUUGCUACAAUGGGAUGAGGAAAAUAUAUGAGCACAAAUACAGCAAUCAAGCAACCAAAGGAUAAACAGGCUUCUCUGUUUUCCCUGUAUCAAGUGCUUACUUGCUUUUUUAAACUGUUAAAUACUUUAUAAAUCAAAGAAAGAUGGAGGAAGCAUUGGUUAUUUUAAUAAAAGGUCUAUUGUUUCUCCUGCAGGUUGCUUCGUAAAAACUGUUGUGUAGGAUAUUCCUUUGUGUAAGCUUGUUAGCACAUAGACACCUCAACCAGCACGAUCCGACUUUGAGAAGUACCCACAACCAAAAAAUAUCAUAAAUGCAAGAUAAACACAACGAGAUGAAGAUACUCAGGCUUGUCUAAGGGAUAAAUGGUCUUGAAGAUAUAAGUCCAUCCAAGGUGAUGGCGACUACUCAUCAAGCCAAAUAAUAGCACAGGUUCUUUGCAAAUUACAAAUCGAACAAGGAAAAACAGCAGAACCAGCCCUCUCAACAAAACGCGCAAAAUUCCACACAAGAGAAAGAGAUACCUUUUUUCUGAUUCUCCAGGUCCAUUUCCAUGGCCUCAAAACACAAUGUGCCUCCGUGAAGGUUUCUGAAAACAUCUUUGUUGACAUUACAGAUCACAAAGCAUUCUGGGAACUCCCUGGAAAAAUUCACGAGUGGAGGGCAAGUCAACACUUCUCUCCCACAAUCAGACAGCUUUUUUUUCAUCCCAAAGCCAAACAAAUCAAUUCCAGGUCAUACAGCCCCAGAAUAGCAAUAGUGUGAGUAAACAAUUUUGGAAUCAUUGAUCU